AUGCUUAAAAGUGAGUUCUUGAACUGUAAAUUGAAUGAGAGUCUUGGCCUACAGUCAUAUACUGUUACCGGGUUACCGUAACUUUUUAGCUAUUUGUGAUUGGAUAAGUUAUGUCGCUAUUUCAACAUUUUGCAUAUUAUUCCCGUAAACCAAAUUUUACUCCUUGUUUUAACGCUCCAGAAAACGCUACUGAAUCGGACAAGAGAGAUUUGAUGAAAGAACUUGACACAAUGAAGCAGCUGAAACCACAUCCUUACGUCAUUAAACUUCUGGGAUGCGUUACAGAAUCUGGUAAGCUUUGAUUAUGAGGUCUAAUUUUGCUGUACACAUUUUGCAUCUGAUUUACUCUGUAGCGCUUUCUCGUCAUUGAUAAUUUGCUUCAGUGGAAGAUUCACUGCUUCACAAUUGCGCACAACAAACAACGCAUAUGGUAAUUUUAUCCUUUUUUAGCUAACAGCGACGCUCUUGGAUUUGCUGAUAGACGAAGACCAAAUAUUUGCCAUUGUACAAGCCAUCCUGUUGUAUAAGCAGAAUCGCUUUUUCUAAGGGAAUAUUUGAUCUGUACCUUCUUAUGAGAUCGUUACAAAGUUUUCCAGCUUUUCAUCGUAAAACUACAUCUUGUUUUCGUGCGAUUUCUUCAAAUGUAUUGACCCUGACUGCUAUUUAUUUUUUUUACUUAUUGCUAAUUUUUUUAGAGAGAGAAAUAUCUAAAUGAAACUGUUUAAUUUCCUCAGAACAGCUGCUGGUUUUGAUUGAAUAUGUGCCUUUUGGGGAUCUGCUGGGUUACCUGAGAAAGAGCCGUGGAUUAAAAGACACUUACUUCCAAGACCCGGAAGUCAAACCACAAACAAAUCUGACGUCACAGCAGCUGAUGAAGUUUGCUUGGCAAAUUGCUGAUGGAAUGAGUUAUUUGUCCUCAAAAUCUGUAAGUUAAUUAAAAAGGCACCAAAGAAAAACAAUUCUAAAACCUUCUUGUAAGAUGUAUCGUCAUGUUAAGCUAUGUCUUGCAUAGAAAAAUACGUCUUCACAAGAUCACGCCCGGGAUAUGCAAACGUAUUCUUACCGUCUUGUUGAGGCUAUUUCUUUAGGGCCAGGAACCCUACCAAUGCUGACGUCAUCACCUAAGUUAUAUUUCAGUGUGCGAAUGGCGAUAUUUGUGCAUCUUUGCAAGUGUACCUCAUCGAAAUAAAAUAUCUGGGUUUUUCUCGUGUAGGCAAAGGCAGAGACGUGAAUGAAUAGGAUCUUUAAUUCAGCCUAAACUGAGUGUACAACGAAUAUUCAUUUUAGUGACAAAGUCGUCUUUGGUUGCUAAAAUGCUACAUUACAGAACCCUACUUCGAAUAAAAUCUUCAGAUAAGCUUUCUAUGUAAUAAUUAUGAAUUGCAGAAAUAAAGUGGUUUGCUUCUCUUUGGAAUAUGGAACAGCGAUUAUAGUAAUUUUAAUUUUCUGCCAUCUGGAAUACAGAGAAAUAUACACACCAUAUUAUGUCGCUGGAUAUUUCUAUUUUCCUAUCUGAACCAUUUAAUUUCAGUUCUUUUCUUCUGGAAUCGCUAAUUUUUGCUCUCGGAUCAAUGCUUUCUUAGAUCAUUCACCGAGACCUUGCGGCUCGUAAUGUGUUGGUUGGACAUAAGGAAACUUGUAAAGUGACAGACUUCGGAAUGGCAAGAGAUGUGCAGCAGGAAAAUAUUUAUGAACGAAAGACUAAGGUAUUCAAGAAAGAGGGAGGUGGGGGCGGUACUACAUAUCGUUCAGUUUAGUGAUCUUUCACAAUCAUUGUACUCCUGAUUUCGAUGACAAAAUCCUUGGACGGGACCGUAAUAAAAAUAUUAGCCUUGCGUAUACGAGUAUAAUUUUAAAUAUCACUGUCUUUGACCGGUCGCUUCCUAUAAUUUUUUUAGCUGUUUCACAAAGUGAUAUUUGAAAUCUUUAGGGCCGUCUUCCCGUGAAGUGGACAGCUUAUGAGGCCUUGAUGUAUGGUAAAUAUACCACGAAAAGUGAUGUGUAAGUAUACCCGAUUAUUACCCGUAGCAAUUUUCCAACAAGUUUCACCAAUAGAAUAAGAGAGAGGGUAAGUUUUGGGCUCGGUAAUGAAAUAGAGAAAGAUGUUUUUCAUCCUCUCACGAGCGUUGGACAAUGAAAAAAUUCUUGACUCCCCAUGAGGAAUCGCACCUCAGACCAUCGGAUUCCGCGCUCCGAUGGUCAUACCACUGAGCCACAGAGACUCUUCAGUGAGUGAGGUUUAUUACUAAGUUCAUAUGACACGCGUCCUGCAUACUGCAAGGAUCAGCAAUGUCGAUAUAGAGUCAUGUUUGUACAUAAAAAUAAGAGAAAGAAUCGGAGCGCGGAAUCCGAAGGUCUGAGGUUCAAUUCCUCGUUGGGAGUCAAAAUUUUUCUUUGUCCCACACUCGUGACAAGACGAAAAAAUCUUUCUCUAAGUGUUAUAAAUUUUAACUAGGGCAUGAAUUCUAUGCUUUGUCAAAGAGUACAUGUAUUUUAAUUGUCGUAUAUAAUGUUAAUGUCUUCAGUCACCCAAUAUAUAUUUGUUUGAUUUGUCUUUCCGCAGAUGGAGUUACGGAGUUUUGCUGUACGAGAUUUUCACCAUAGGUAACAUCGAAUGAAAAUUUAUAAGGCCCUGUAGAUGUUUUUUUGCUAUAUACCAUGUUUAAUUAAGCAAUUUAACGUGUUCAGUUAGACAAACGUAAUGAGCUUCAAACUACAUCAAAUGAUCUGGGUGGCGUUUCAGUGAAGGUCGUUUUUUUCGUCACAUUUAUAUUUCGAUGGUCUUAUGGUUCUUCCAGGUGGUUCACCUUACCCACGAAUGGAUGGAAGAAAAAUUGCAAACUUACUUCAGGAUGGAUACAGGAUGCCUAAACCACAACACGUCGAUGAAGAAUUGUAGGUGUUUUUCAAUUCGUUCUCUCUCACCCUACAAGGAAGCGUUCUUUAAAUCUCUAACAGAUCAUUUGAACAAUACCAGGUAUCAGAUUAUGAUGAAAUGCUGGAAGAAUGACCUGGAUGCAAGACCAACUUUUACUGAAUUGAAAAAAUCAGCUUAAGGACAUGGAAACCCUACACAAGGUGAGAAUUUUGAUCAACAUGAAAGUUUCUUUUCACGUUUGACCGACUGGCUUAGGCUCAGCUAAUUAGGGUUUUAAACAUAUUAGCGUUUAGCUUAGAUAGCGUGAUUUUUACGAAGUUUGGAUUGCAUCUUCUUGUUAUGUCACUGAAGCUAGCACUCCACGAAAAACGGGGAAGAAGCGAACUAGAAUGCCCCUGCUACAAUUGACUCAUUAUGGUUAUUUAAAAGAUGGUAGGAUUAUUGCAAAACUGCACUGAGACGCGCAAAGAGUAGCAGACGACGACGCCAUAAAAUACUUUAUUGAAUUUGUUUUGGUGUGAAAAGCUGACCACUUGUGAGGAUAACGCUUAUAAGAGGAACACUUUUUUAAUGAUGCUGAUUAUUAUAUUAUUCUUUUCUGCAGAAGCUGAUCAACAUGACAAUGUACGACAAGCAGUUGUAUGCAAACGUCGAGGAUUUAAUAGUGUAGUUAGAUAGAUUUCCGCGGUAAAUGACUGGCUUACAGUUUGAACACUUUGCCUCAGCAAGUUUCAGGGAUGAAUCAUCUUUGCCUUACACGCUUACUUGGUAGAAAAAGCCAUUUUGUAUUCAGAAAUUAGGCUGGAACGUUAUGACUCAAUUGAUUUUAUAUUCUUAAACGCUGUAACGCUGUUAUCAGUUUACUGAUAAAGUAUACUCUCAUGUUCUCUUUAACAUGUUUAGCACUUACACGCAUGCUCGACACAAGCGUUUGAAUUCAGUUUAUUUCCUGGCUCAAUUCUGAAAGGCAGGACAGCGCAAAAAAAAAGCUAGUUAACUAGAUUGAUGAGAUCUAGCUCAGAUUGCCAUAGUUGUCUACAGUUUUAGUAAAUUGCUGAAAAAAUUGUUUUGCCGCAAAACCCGCUCGAUUUUAGGAAAGCUAUCCGGCGCAUAAUCUGCUUUCCCUAAGACCGCAUUUACCUGCGAUACCAACUCGAAAUACUUUUACACUGAAAGUAUUAUUAAUUAAAAAUUAACGUUAUCCUAAUAGAAAAAUUAUACUUGGCACAUUACUUGAGCAAUCGUCUUAGCUUUGAAUCAAAGUGCUCUGUGAGCAAACUCGUGAAUUGACAGAUGACUUACAUAAUUUUUUGGAUUAUGUUUAAGGUUAUCUGGCUUAGGGAAUUUUGUGGUUGAUUGUCAUAUUUAGAGUACGAGCAGUAGUUCAGUGUUCGCUAAUGUAGCAAAUCAAAUCACUUUGGUCGACAGAAAAAUAUUGGUUUCAGAAUUAAUUUGUAUAAGCAAUAGUGUCAAUUACGUUAGUUGGCAAGCGGCCUUAAAACCGUCUGCAGUUAAUUUUAAUCGUUCACAAAAAGUACAUUGAAAGUUAAAACGUGAAGUAUUUGGUUACAGUUAAACUGAACGAUGUAACUUUUAUUCAUUUAAUAUCUGAAUUUUCUCAAACGAUUUGUUCGUAGUAAAAGAGCGAGCGA